AUGGCUGAAGCUCAAAUGUUGAAGGUGGCUCUUGUCCGCUGUCCGCCGCCAAACUGGCCUCUUCCAUUGCAGAAUCGCGACUGGACCGGGAUCAAAAUCGAUAUCUCACAAACUAUUGAAGUUAGUUUACGCCUAAUGCGCGAAGCCAAAGAUGCUGGUGUCACCUUGAUAACGUUUCCUGAACUUUGGUUCCCCGGAUUUCCCAAAUGGAGGGAACAAAAUGACUGGAAGAAAACUCAUCUGGCCUCCUACAUUGAGAACUCCUUGGAGAUAGGGAGUCGCGAGUGGAAUACGUUAAUUGAUGGGAUAAAGUCCGUGGGUAUCUGGGCGGCUGUGGCAUUUUCCGAACGAUCUGCGAACCAUAUCUAUAUGGCCCAGGCACUGAUUUCCAAAGAUGGCGAGGUGGUUAUGCAUCGUCGGAAGCUUAGACCAUCUGGUUCAGAACGGGAUAUGUUUAGCGAUGGCACAGUCGACCAGCUCAAAGUAGUAAACACCCCCUUGGGUCGUGUUGGCAUGCUUCAGUGUGGCGAACACUUUUAUCCAAGCAUGAAUUUCAUCAUGGCUGCUCAACGCCCAAAGCUCCACAUCGGCGCAUGGCCCUUUGCUAUGGAUUUCGGUGACGAUAGCGACAGCAUAUUCUACAAUGCCUCCCUUGUGACCCGCGGCGCUGGAUCUUAUGCCCUCAACAGCGGCGCAUACGUCCUGAUGCCAUCGAUCGGCUACUGCUUCAUAUACGAUCCCAUGAUGCGUAUUGUGGCCGCCAUGGACAACACUGUCGACUACCAGGAACACCCUAUCUUAUACCACACUUUAGACGGAAGUGAACUACACGGCACUCAGGAUCAUGACCCCAAUGCACAAGCUUCCUGGGCUGUUCUGCAGCAACUGAAUGAUGCAUUCCCAGUAACCAUACCUCGCGAGCAGGGCUCGUUGGUGCCGCGACGCGAGAAAAGCGUCCAAUACCUGACUUCCGCGGAAAUGAGAUGGUCCGAAAUUGCCCCUGGAACACCCUGGCCAGAACAUCUUGCUCAAUAA